AUGCUCCUGACCUCGGUCCUGACCCUUGCCCUGGCCGCCCUCGGCACCGCCUCCGAGGCCCCGGCCCAGAACGAAAACGAAGCUCGCGCUCCCUACCUGGCCAUCCUCUGGAGCCAGCCCAACUUCCGCGGCGCCUCGCUCAACAUCUACAACCGCGACGCCGGGCGCUGCAUCAACCUCUACCGCCCUCUCCGCGAGGACGUGCAGUCCAUCAAGAUUGACCGCCAUGACCGCGACUCCUGCGUCCUCUACGACUACGCCAACUGCCGCGGCGCCUCUCGCAAGUACACCCGCGACGACCGGAACAUCCGCAACAAAAAGGUCAGCUCCGUGCGCUGCAGCCGCGGCCGCUAA